UGGAUUAGACUUGGGCCAGCUAAAACGUUUUUGAUCAGGAGUGUCACCUUCGUAGUUUAUGCAUAAACCGAGGCCAUUUCUGGAAGCCAGACGUUGAUAAAAGAAGGAAUUCAUAUGGGUUAACCAGAUACUCCAAUAACGUCUCCACCAUUACCACACACCAUUUCUUACGAAUGGGAAAUGAGAAACAACACAACCACAGAACUCCUCCACCCCAUCCAAAUCCAACCCCAAGAACAUCAAAAACAACACACAGAAGCAAAAGCAGAAGCAGAAGCAGAAAAAGCCAAAGCUGAAGAAGAAGAAGAACCGCUCCAUGAAUGGGAUUUCAAGCUCUCCACUGUUGUCUCUUCAAGAACCAACGUGGGGGUAGUAUCCGACACCCUCGGCGUAAUUGAGUUCGACCCCUCAGAUCGUCUCUUAGCAACAGGAGGGAUUGCUAGAAAGAUUAGGAUCUAUAGCUUAGAUUCUCUACUACCUCAUGACAUUCACCAGGGUGCGCAGGAUACCAUCUUUCUUGACCACACAGGCUCUUGUGACUUCUAUAUAUGCACCCCGGCGAAGCUUAGUAGCCUUCGGUGGAAGCCCGACACUUGUAGCCGAGUGGUGGGUUCCGGUGACUAUGACGGUGUCGUGACAGAAUACGAUCUGGACCGUCGAGUACCUAUCUUCGAGCGUGACGAACACGGAGGUCGGCGAGUUUGGAGCGUAGAUUACUCCCAUUGGGUUCCGUCACUCGGCGCGUCGGGAUCCGACGAUGGAACUACGCAAAUGUGGGACACGCGCUUCUGUGGGAAUGGCACGUGUGUGGCCGUGACACAACCGAGCUCGUCGAGGAGUUCCGUUUGUUCCGUGGAGUUUGAACCGUGUGGUGGACCUUUGGUGGGCGUUGGAUGUGCGGAUCGGAGGGCUUACAUUUACGAUGUGAGGAAGAUGUUAGAGCCGUUGAUGGUGUUGAAAGGGCAUCAGAAGACGGUAACAUAUGUGAGGUUUGUAGGGGAAGGGAAGAUGGUUUCAGCCGGGACGGAUGGGUGCUUGAAGCUAUGGGAUAUGGAGGGUGCACGUGUGAUUCGCACGUAUAGAGGGCAUGUGAAUAGUAGAAGCUUUGUGGGGUUAUCUGCUUGGAUGAAAGGAGGGCUUUUGGGAUGUGGGUCUGAGAGUAAUGAGGUGUUUGUGUAUGAUAAGAGAUGGGGAAAACCCGUUUGGGUUCGUGGGUUUGAGGGUGAGAAGAGAGAGAAGGGAGGUGGGUUUGUCAGCAGUGUGUGCUGGAGACAACGUGGAAAGGAUAAAGAUAAAGAUAAAGAUGAAUGCAUGCUUGUGGCAGGAGGUUCUGAUGGCGUGUUGCAGGUUUUUGUGGGGAAAAGGAAGUUAUCAUCAUCAUCCUCCUCAUCAUCUUCAUCAUCAUUUUCCUCAUCAGUUAAUGGAUAAUUCAGGAAUUUUAGUAACAGAGACUUUAAAGGCAAGUGGGUUGGGAGUGGGGGGACUUUGGACUUUGGACUUUGGACAGUUGGUCUUGUCGGGCUCUUGGGGUUGGGAGUUAACAGAUUUUUGUGGCUAUGGGAAGUGCAUCGUCACUUCUUUUUUAUACCCGAAUGAUGGGGAGAGAUGCUGGUAGUUUGAUCUGAGCAAUUAAUGCGCUAUUGACUCGUGAUUUAAUAUUUUAUUAAUGAUAAGACCCCGUCACCACAUGAGGAAAGAAUCCAGACUCAUGAGGCCAACUAGUGAUGGAAGAUUUUUCUUCA